CCCAUUCCCUGUUUCUUAUCUUAUGGAGACGAUAUACAAAAAGCACGGUGCUGGAAGCAUUGCUUUCUUGGCCAAGGCAGGCCAUCACUCAUUUUUGGUCCUCGGGAAUUGAUAUUCUUGAUCCUGAAAGUCGAAUUCUCGACCGACACUCGUUACUUCGCUAACACUCACUUCUCGACGCUCUUUAAUACCAUUACGAAUACAACCCAUUAUGCUUCUUCGAUCUGCCAUCGUGUUAGGCUCCCUUUUGGGUGGUGCCGCGGCAAGGUGCCUCAGCCGGUCUUCUAUGUCCUCGACAUCAUCUGUGGCUUCGCCAUCUUCUGUUGUCUCUACUACUCCCUGCGAGCUCUGAUUGCUGCAGCGGUAGCAUCUGCUCUUUCGGCGUCUGCACCCCAGCGCAAUGCGCGCCAGCCGGAUAUCAAUGUAGCUUCGAUCGACCCGACCUUUGCUGCGGACAGGCUUGCUACAAUGGCCAGUUCUACCCUAACCCUCAGUUCCCCGGAAACACUUAUAAUUUCUGUGGCUAGUAAGGUCAGGAGCACAGCGCGGUCUUUGGCUGAGCCGGAAUUCCCAUGUUGCCUAAAUCUUAUGCAGAUAUUCAUCAGAAAUCUAGAUAAAUCAGGAAAGUCAGUACAGAGAGCUUUGCCCCUGAAGCAGGAGAAUAUCAGUAGCAAGCGA